AUGUUUUCUUCAAGUCGUCCUGGAUCUACAAGCCUGACUUGUGGGUUUAAAGUGAACACUAACUCUCCCGAAUGGCACAAGAGCAUGACGAAAAUCCUUAAGAAAAUCAAAGGAGGGAAUUUUUGGAUAGAUGUGGACGAAGGAAUGGCAUACGUAACGGGUCAAGGCGAUCCAAACAAGCUACUGAAACUAAUGGGUUCAAAGAGAGGCAAAGAUGCUGAAAUGGCUUUUGUGAGAACCGGAACGCACCAUCCUCAACAUCAUCAUCAUCAUGAUCCCAAUUUUUACAACAAUUGUCAAAACUCAUACUUUGGCCAAUGGCCAGGGUACUACCCACCGGCCGGCUCGGCGAUGCAACCUUACCAUCAUCAAUAUCCAUUUUCCGGUGGAUAUAAUAACUACGGUUAUUAUUAGAGCUAUUAGGAUGGUUUUGUAGUAUUUAAAACUAUGUCGAGAUCGAGCAAACCCCAUUUAUUUUUACCUAAAUUAGGGUUUUCUGCUUGUAUCCGAAAAAACCUGUUUUUUUUUUUUUUACUAGUGGGAUGGAUAUUCUCUCUGCGUUUUACAAGCAGAAGAGAAUUCGAGGAGGAUUGAUAUUCUCUGUUUUUCUUUUUGGUGUUUUUAGUUAAUUUGUGUUUUUGUAUGAAUCCGAUGAUAUUCAUUGAUGUUAGGGUUCUUAUAAACCCAUAACAGAAUGGGAUGUUUCAAGUUUGCAUUAUCUUUUGUUAAGCUGCAUAAUUUACCUAAAUAGUUUCGGUAGUAUCUUUCAAAAUGAUCUACCUAAAAAGUUUUAUCAAAAAAAAGUUUCAUAUUUUACCUAUGGAUAAACAAUUGCUUCUGGAAUAUCUUUCGAAAUGAUUUCGCGGAGGGAAAAUCUCUCUUUUCUUAGAUGAAAACGGAUUUAUCAGAUUGUGUUUCCAUGAACCGUUCUGAUAAUUUAUUAGUAUCAAAUCAUAAAAUUAACUUACUAUUAUAUGUGUAGAUCCUUUUGCAAUAUAAUACUACAUAAAAAAAAUCCCAUCUAUCGAACAUGGCCAAUGCAUGACUUGAACAGAUUUGCCAAUUGCCAUGUAUCCAACAUGGCCAAUGAUUUCACUUGUCCAAUAUUCGAACCGUUUUCAGAAACACAAUGACCUACUGAAUGACCCGGAGCUGUCUUAUUUUUAAGAACAUACAAUAAUGCUCUCUUUAUU